AGACGGGACGCAAUCAAAAGAUCCUCUUAUGGAAAAGGACCACAGCAGACGGAGACAAGAGGGCAGGCUGCUUAAAUAAGUGACCUCCUGAAGGCAUCAACUGUUUUCUGCAGUGGAGAAAAGCCCGGGCUGGGUUCAGGAAAAGUGAAUGGGAAACCAGGCUCCAAGUUUGCCGGGGCCUGCGUGUGUUGAUCUGUAAGCACACACGGCGGGAUACAUGUUGGAUGAGGGGUCCCACUGGAGAGACUGAGCCAUGAAAGGUGCUCUGCUGUUGUUUUCCAGUGUGAGUAUCCUGCUCCCAUGUCUGGGCAGCUGCCCCAAGAAGUGUUUGUGCCACCCAUCUUCAAACUCUGUGGACUGCAGUGGCCAGGGGCUGUCAAAGGUCCCUCCAGAUUUACCCCCAUGGACACUAACGCUGCUCUUACAAGAUAACCAGAUCCACUGGCUUCCUGCUCUUGCAUUUAGCUCCGUGUCACUGCUCACCACCUUAAAUUUAUCUAACAACUCUCUUUCAAAUCUGGCUUCAGAGGCUUUCUAUGGACUUCGGCACCUACAGGUUUUAAACCUAACCCAAAAUUCCCUGCUGUCCUUCGAAAGCAGUUUCUUCCAUUCCCUGCCUGGGCUCCAGGAGCUGGAUGUGUCAUCCAACAGCCUCAGUCUCCUCCCCACAUCCCUGGGCAAGCCUUGGGAGAACCUGACCCUGUUUGCCGUGCAGCGGAACCACCUUCUGCAGCUGGAUCGCGCACUUCUAGAGGCCAUGCCCAAAGUGAGGCUGGUACUCCUCAGGGACAACCCCUGGAAAUGUGACUGCCACUUGCUGGGUCUGAAACUCUGGCUGGAGAGGUUUACCUUUAAAGGGGGAGUAACAGAUGGUGCCAUCUGCAGGCUGCCGGAACCCUGGAAGGGAAGGGAUCUCCUCUCAAUUCCCCAUGAGCUAUACCAGCCUUGUCCUCUGCCUUCCCCAGAUCCGGUGCCCUCACUAGUUCAGCAACCUGAUCCUGCCCCUCAAGAGGCCCAGAAAUUUCCUGAGAAUAACUCAGGACCUCAAGAUCCAUUGGAGUGUGAGACCAAACCGAAACCAAAGCCAACCAACCUGCGCCACGCUGUGGCCACUGUGGUCAUCACUGGGGUGGUAUGUGGGAUCGUAUGUCUCAUGAUGCUGGCGGCUGCUAUCUACGGAUGUACCUACGCAGCUAUCACAGCCCAGUACCAAGGGAGACCCUUGGCACCAAGCAGUGAGUCUGAGAAGAUGGGAAGCAAAGAGCCAAUGGACAGUUCACCAGCCUGAGGGCCGUCGUGUCAUGUUUGGCCAUCUUGAUCAUCGAGGGCCAGAACAAAUGUCUGAGUGGGCCUGAUGUGUUUGCUGCUCUGGCUCCACGUUUUGUCUUCCAAAAC